AUGACUCCCUCUCUACAAGACGCCAAGAUCACCUUCCUCGGAGGAGGUAACAUGGCCGCCGCCAUCAUCGGCGGCCUCCUCGCCAAAAACAUCAACAAGCAAAACAUCUACGUCUCAGAACCCUGGGACGUCAACCGCAACAAAAUGGCCGACCUCGGCGUCCGCACCACCGCCGAUAACAAGGAAGCUGCCGCCGACGCAGAUGUUGUCAUUCUUGCUGUGAAGCCCCAGGUUGCCAAGGGUGUUUGUGAGGAACUUAGCUCUGCUUGGGCUUCGCGUGAUAGUCUUCCUGUUGUUAUUUCUAUUGCUGCGGGUAUUACCCUGGCUAGCAUUGCCCAGUGGUUUAAGGGUGAUGGAAGCAAGGCUCCUCAUAUUGUGAGGGUUAUGCCUAACACUCCUGCGCUUGUUGGAGAGGGUGCUUCGGGAUUGUAUGCUGCCGAGGAUGUUACUUCUGAGGAGAAGGAGUUGACUUCUGCUCUGUUGGGUUCUGUGAGCAAGGCUACUGAGUGGGUUGACAAGGAGGAGCUUCUCGACGUCGUCACUGGAAUCUCCGGCUCUGGUCCCGCUUACUUCUUCGCUUUCGUCGAGCAUCUCAUCUCCAGCGGUAUCGGCCUCGGUCUCUCUGAGGAGCAAGCUACCCGUCUCGCAACCCAGACCUGCCUCGGCGCUGGUAAGAUGCUGGUCGAGUCAUCCGAUGAACCUUCCCAGCUUCGAAAGAACGUCACCAGCCCUAACGGCACCACCCAUGCUGCGCUCGUCAGCUUUGAGAACUCUGGAAUGAAGGAGAUCGUUGACAAGGCUGUCAAGGCUGCUGCUGACCGUGCUAAGGAGCUCGGAAAGAACUAG